UAUCUCAAAAAAACCACACAAAAAAAAAUUGAAAAAAAUUGACAAUGUAGAUAAUUAUUUCAUUUAAACAUAAGAUAAAAAAAAAAAAAAUCUGUUGCGAUUUCAGAUUUCCAGAAUCAACCUUAAGUGAAUCGAAGUGAACGUGAAUCUGUGGCCGAUGCUAAUUUUUUAAAAUUAUUUUUGGAAAAAAACAUAAAGCUUAAAAAUCAUAAUCUCUUUCAUUAUAAUAAAUAUAUAUUGAGAUAAAAAAAUAACCACCUAAAAGUUGUAUUUAUAGUGAUUAUAAUGGAAAACAAAAUUUUUAUUUCUCGCAAGCCUCGCAAGUCGGGUAGGAUUACAAGAAAACAUGUGUUCGGUAACAUCAAUAUGUACAAUUUAAAAAUAAAUUUAAGGGAAAAUGCAAUUGCAACUACAGUUUCAAUGGGAUGUGGAAUAACGAAGAUAGUUGACGAUCCUUUUGAUCCCAAAUAUAUAUUAAUACUUGAUCCAGUUAGUGAUUAUACCCUGGCUGAAGUAUUCCCGUAUGUGCCAAUAUGUGAAAGACCAAAACUUGCAUUGGUAUGCAAACAUUGGAAAAAAGUCCUUGAUGAUUCUUGGUUUAAAGUCAAAAAACUUGAAUUAAUUUAUUGGCGAUAUGAUGAGUAUCCAAAUUGUUUGGCUAAAUAUUCAACGAGCGAUGGAGGAUACAGUUUUUUAAAAUCUCUGCUUAUUAAGUGUGGUCGUUAUUUAACAACUUUAGACUUGACAGCUUAUGAUAAUUGUAACAUAGUGCCAGUAAUUAAUGGAUUGUGUCCCAACCUCGUAACACUUCGCUUGAGAUUGACCAACAUGGACAAAGCAAUAUUAGCCAAUUCAUUUACACGUCUAUCCAAACUAAAAUCAUUAACAAUUAUAUUUCAAAAUAUAAAGACUUUUCUGGUGUUUCCCACUGUUGCUUUAUUCAAUUCAUUGAGAAACGUUGCUAAUACAUUGACCGAUCUAAAUCUGUUGAAUUGGCUUGAUGAAUUACAAGGCAUCCCUGUUUUUACAGCAGCAAUCAAUGAUGUGAUUCGUGACUUGAAGGCUCUGAAAAAGUUGGAAGUUGCUGGUUUAGGAUUUUCAGCCGAUAUAUACAAUUAUCUGGCAGCCAAUGGAAUUUUAUAUUCUGGCCAUACUGUACACCUUAAAAAGAUUCUCUCUGUAUCAGAUCCAUUCAUAAAUAUCAAGAUAUUGAAAAUGGAGCAAUGCCCAAUAUAUGAUGAUACAUUGUAUACUAUUGCCAAUACUUUCAAGCACUUGGAAGUAUUACAUAUAAAUAGUAACCUGGUAACCGAUAAUGGUGUAGUAGCACUUUCAAAGAUAAAUAAUUUACAAAAUCUUUUUUUUAAUGGCGUUACUAACAUCACUGAUUAUUCAGUCAAACUGCUGAAAAAUCUGAUAAAAUUAGGCUUACCAAGCAGCAAUAAAAUUACUGAUGAUUCAGUCCUAACAGUUAUUGAAAAUUCAUCAAAGAUGGAUGUGCUCUCUGUUAUCGGCGCAAAUGUGACUAUUGAGUUAGUCAAAAAAGCAGCAGCAAUAUCAAGAAAGCGAGAAAUACGUUUCAUCUUAUGCAUUGAAUUUAUGCCAGAUUUACAAAAAUAUGAAUCACCAUAUUUGGAAUUGCGUAUAUAUCAAGAAAUAAACGGAAAAAAAAUGGUACAUAUCGGUACAAGUGCAUACGCAAAAGCACAAAUAUCGUGAGUGGGUUUUCUCAUUUGUCACUGCUUUCGAAAUUUACUAUUUAAAUUUUGGAAUAUAACACGAAAU